UAUCUUCCAUCACUCCGGAGAGUUCUGAUAGUGUUCUGAUUCCCUCCCCAAUAUUUCAGUAUGCGAACCCAAGAUUCUGUUCUCUCAUCGUAAUCCAUUAUUUUCUUCGAUUUGUUUAUUAUUAUUAUCAUAUUAUUCUAUAUAUUUAUCAGGGUUUCGUCGAAAAUUUAGUCGUAUGGAAAUCCUUGUGAAAUUAUGCUAUCGAUUAUCAACUAUCAAGCUCUAGAUUAAUCAACCUGCAAAAUCGUCAUGGGAUGCUUGCUUUGUUGUUUUCGUGCCCCCGAAGUUGACCAAGAAGAUGAAGAUCCCGAUGAUGGUCAACACAUUCAACAGCCUAAUGCAACAACCAAUAGAAGCACUGAGGUACAAGACAUUGCAUUUGAGAGUGAUGCUCUUCUUGGAAAAGGAUCAACAGAUGUGACUCAUUCACAAGUUGUACGAGAACCCGUUCUCGAAAGUAACAAGUUGAUCUCUGAAAAAUCAGAAGAUGUAAAAGAAGAUAAUGAAUGUCUCAUAUGCUUUGAGGAAUAUACGCUUGACAACCCGAAGAUUACAACUAAAUGCUUACACCAUUAUCAUCUUGGUUGCAUCUUGAAUUGGCAAGAAAGAAGCGAGUUUUGUCCCGUUUGUUCAAGGGUGAUGGAUUUUGAGGAGAUGAAUUGACUGUGAAAGCGGCCAUCGGUAUGGAUUUUUUUAGUCAACCGUAUCUUGAAAAAAAUUCUAACGGAAGAUUAAGAAAUCUGUGUUGAUGCAUUGGAAGAGAAUGAACAUAUAUUGAUUGAGUUUUUUUUUUUUUUUAUUUUUUAAUUUAUAUUUGGGAGUAUAUUAAAAUUUUGGUCCUAAUAGUUUUUGGUUUUUAUAGAAUUUCAAUAUCAUAGAACAUUGUUAUCAUCGGCUUUGAUUUGGGUGUGAUAGGAUUUGAGUUUGAAACUACUUUAGAGUAUAAAGAAUGUAUCACUAUAAAGUUUAAUGGAAUAUUCAACUUUUAUUUAGA